AUGGCAAGCUUAGAUAUCCCCUUCUUGGUAUUCUCAAGAUCAAAUUUUGCCUUUGAAACCAACAAAUCUUGCUUCUCUGAUGUCUUGAUACAAGACAGACAGGAGCAAGACCCUGGGUAUGAAGGAGGUAAUGAUGGACCGAUACUUGCACUCUCAGAUUUAUGUGGAGAAGUUAUUUUCUAUUCGCUAGAUGUAGAUUCCCGAACUGUUGUCAAGAAAAACACUGGAGAAAAUAAAACCAGUAAGAUUCACAAGACCUGAUAUCACCUUCUCUUACAUCCUAAGUUACUCCUGAUUCCUUCGAUUAGCAGCAAAGAGAAGGUAGGGAAGCUUUUAGAUGGAGUUGUGGUGGAAUCACCAGCUAAAUUUAUUUUAUCCACCUCUGAUUACCUCUGGGUCAGUCUUCAUGAUGACAAUGUAAUCAGAAUCUGGAGUAUUUCUGAUGGAAGAUGCUUAAUGUUUUCUCCAAAAGAUCUCUUCCUAACAAAAUUAAGGAGAAUUUUCCCAAUCCCUACCUAUGAUGGAUAUCUUCUUUGUUUUGGAGAGAAAGGAGAUGUUUAUAUCAUCAAUAUGUUCCGAAUGAGGCUCCUUAAACACUCUAGUUUUGACAUUGAUUGAGUAAAACACAUCAGCCUUGUCAAAGUUGACCAAAGCAAUAUUUGGAUCCUUCUUACUGACGUAAAAGGAAAAAUCUCAACUUGGCAGAUCCAGACUAAUGUGAAUGGGAUGAACCUUCAAACCAUCUGAUCAGAGAAUGAUUUUGAUAUUGAUUUCAAGCUCAAGAAGGCUCUAAUCUUACCUGAUGAGUACUCUAAAGACUACAAGCUAGUUUAUUCUGAAGAGGUUCUCCAAAUUGGCAAAAAGAAUACCUCUCAGACAAUCCUCGUAAUUACUGAUAAAGAAGUUAAUAUCGUACACCUUUCCGAUGAUGUAGAAGAUAUUGUUGAAAUCGACAAGUUCAAAGGCAUCGGAGACAUCAUCUUCGCUACAUCUAUCCAGAAAAACGAAGGAAUAUAUAUUCUCAUAAUAACUGACACUUAUGAUUGCUAUAUUGACAGAUAUGACCAGAUCCCUGAAAAGACAGCUCCAUUAAUUAUGGUGAACCUUUUGGAGAAAUCUGAAAUUAACAAUCAUCCAGUGUCAUCUUCAAGAUUAGAAGAGUUAUGAGAAGGAACGAAGAUUCAGUACGAUGAUUUCUCAAAGAUGCUCUAUAUAGUUCUCCAUGAAGAGAAGAAAUUCCUCGGAUGGUUCAUUAAUGACAUGCUGAGAAAUGCACGAUAUUAUACGUAUGCAAGUGACCAAGACAUCUUCAGGCCUGAUUCUAUCCCAUUACAGCAUUGAUCUACUGAUAUAUUUGCAGACAAUGAACCCUCAGAAAACCAUUUACUAAAAGAUGAGAAAGCUAUGAGCCACUCAGAGACAGGCCAUAACUUGAUUUCAUUUAAUGAUAUAAUCAAAGAGGAGUUUAAGAACAUCAACUACUACAAAUUCUUUUAUUCUGGAGAGAAGGUCACUUGCACUCUCAUUAUCACUGCUAUUGAGAAACUGAAGAAAAUAACCCCGGCUUUGGUCAUAGGAACAAAUUACGGCAGAAUCUUCAUCGUAAGCAUGUUCCAAAGGUGAGAAGGUCAACCAAACCCGAUUAUAGUUGUUGAUAGCCACUUUGGCAACCAAAUUAAUGGGUUGUUCUUUGCUAGUAAUCGGUUCUUGUUCAGUAUCUCAGAGGAAGGAACUUUCUGCAUCACCCAUAUUUCAGAGAAGCUAAUAGAUGACCACUUCUACCAGCUAGAGCAUUAUAUGUCAAAAGUCCUGCCUAUCCAAAGGAAAAGAUUUGAUAAAAUGAGUAGAGAUAUCCAAAGGGACUACAAGAAGAAAAGAAGGAAUAGCUUCACUUCAUAUACAAAGAACUUAUGGGACUUUGUCAAGAUUCCUCACACAAAAAGAUUCAAGGACAUGUCCCCCUUCGGUAUAAAUAAAAUUCUUGAAGUUAAGGACAUUGAGUCUUUGAGAGGUCAGAGUAAGAAGGAAGAGAAUAAAUCUGACCGAGCCAAGCCACGGCUGAAGAAAUUGAGAGAGUAUGCUUUUGUGGGAGAAGAUAAUAUUAUUUACUUAUUUUCUCUCAAGACUAUGCAGAUCAAGAAGCUCCUCAGUGCUGAUUCUCAUGCAAUUGGAGUUUAUUAUGAUAGAGAUUACAACUACUAUUUUAUUCUAACAAAGGAUCUCAAUAUGCUUUAUUACAGUAAAGUCACUCUUACUCUUGAAAGAAAAGGAAAUUUUGAGGAUGCUUCAAACAUUCUCUGUUUAGAUGACAUAAUCCAGUCCAUCUUUACAACAGGCGAUAUUUUCCAAUCCCAUGAACUUACAGAUAUCAGCCUGAAUGAUUUCGAAACUUUUGAUAAACUAUGUGAGAAAAAGAACCUGUACAUGAAAUUUGGAAAGCACAAGACUCUAGAUUACCUAAAUCUAUCCCUGAACCUACCUCUUGACUACAAUGAGUUAUCGAUUUACUCCUCAAAGUACACUAAAGCUUUGCACGAUUUGCUCAGAAUAAAGCCAAACCGGAGACAAAUAAAAGUCAACAAAGAAAAGAGGAGGGAAAUGCUCAAGACCCUCAACUCGAUCCUGUACCUCAAUAACCACCUCUACAAUAGUGAUGCCAAUGAGAGUGACUUCAAACGGACAGGAGUCAAUUUCAUCAAGGCUCAUAUCGGGACUCUCUCCAAGAGAGGCAACAACCAACAGAUCAUGAUGGUCAACAUUAAGACUGUCAUUAAUAAUCUCAGAAGAAAAUUCAUGGAUGACCCUGACGUCUCUGCUGAAGAGGAAGAUGACGACUUUGACUCAGAUGAACUCCCUAUCGGCGGAAAUAUGAUGAGACGCAAAAGAUCCUCCAGCUUCGGCCAAAAAGAAUCCUCUCAUGAAUUUAGAAGGAAACUCUCAAGAAUGGCAGAAGGUGACGACUAUGAGGACUAUAAAGGCGCCCAAAAAGUAUCAAUGGAGGGGUAUAGCAAGAUGAUCAAUAAGCCUAAAGUCAUGAAUGUCAGGAAGAGCAGCACUGCUUCAUAUCAUACCGACAGAGAGUUUUAUUCAAAUGAUGAGUGAGAGUGGCCAAUCAAGCUGAUGUCUCUUUUCCAUCCAUUCAGACUUUCAGAUGCUUUAGAUAUGGAGUUGGAGGAUCUAUUUAAACUUUCUCUUCCAUGCCUAGAUAUAAGGCAAGGAAUCCAAGGAUUUGGAGAAAGUUUUACUUUUGUUAUUGCUAAGAAUAAGCCUAAACUCCCAAGAUAUCGUUCUUUAACAAAGAAACAGGAAUCAAAGUUCUUCAAUGAUAUGCUUUGGGAAGUUUCUCAAUACCAAAGUAGCACCAUUACAACCGCAAUGCUCUCAAUGCUAGUCUCAGUGAUCGAGAUGAAAGAGAAGCCUAUUGCUGAGAUCAUCAAUAAUUGGCUCUACAUCCUUCUCAUGAUAAUGAAAAAAUCUAAUGCUAAGAACCUGAGUUUGUCGUACAUCCACAAGCUACUCCUGAUAGAAGAUUUCAACAUCAAUUCCACUGCAAGAGAUGUUAUUCUCAGAUUCUUUUUCUACAAUAUUGAUAUCGAGAAAGAAACUCAUCUCUUGGAGGAAUGGUCGGCUCUACUUAUGGAUACCUACAGACAGCUGAAGAAUAAUGACAAGUACAUCAAGGGGUCAUUUGCUGAUCCUACUGGAAUCCCAAACUUUGGCCUUAACUCUAGUAGAGAUCAUUAUGCUCUCACCAAAUACUUUGGAGAAUUAGAAAUUAGAGGUCUUAUCAUUAUCAGUUAUUAUUCAUUGAAUUACGUCCAAAUAGUUGAUCCCAAGAUUGCUAGGAGAUGAUCAAAGCUGAUCAUCAUGUUAACAAGGAUCACAGUUACACAGGCAAGAGAGAAUCAGAUGUAUAUGCAUUUAUUGAAUAUCCUUCUCCAACUUCUUUCAACUGGAAUCAGGAUCUACCACAUGACUUAUGAUAAUGAGGAUAUCCUUGAAGAUGUGAUUAAGCUUCUUCUACACACUUAUAAUGAUUAUAAACCUACUGGGCAGGCUCAGCACUCAAGCAUCAAGCUGAAUGACUUUAAUUUCUACAUUGUGAAGGUCACCAAUCCUGAACUUUCACUCAAAAGAGUUGCUGCUAAAACUUUACUAGAGAUAGGUGAGAACUUCCCUCAUAGAUUUUUGGCUUACAUCCAAAAAGAGGCUCAUUCCUUACAAGAAAGUCACGAGUUCCAAAGAGCUAUUCUUGAGAUCUUGAAACAGUAUAUAAAGUUCUAUGGAAUUGCGCUAGAGCCAUAUCUUAUCCAGAUCACCCAAAUUGUGUUGAAAUGUCUUGACCCACACGAUAUUCCUCUGAGGAAAAACUCCUUAGUUGAUGUGACGAUUAUCCUUGGGAUUUUGGUGAAGAAGUUCCCAAUGAUUGAUUUCCACCACGACAGCCAAAAGCUAGCGGUCGGUACGAAUAUAGGCCCAAUCGCUAUCUACGAUGUAAAAACGUCUACCAAAUGGAGAGUACUAGAAGGCCACACAGGGAAGAUCUCAUGCUUAAGAUUCAACUCAAGAGGGCACUACCUCGUAUCCUACUCAGCUACAGACCUAUCCCUCAGACUAUGGAGAGUGGGUAACACAAGUUUCUUCUCUGGUAUAAUGGGCACUUCCACAAAAUGAGCAAAAACAAUCAAUCUGGACAGUGUUCCUCCCAAGAUGCCUACCGAAAAGAAGGCCAACAACCCCUUCGAGAUGAUGAAUGCUAAAAGAUCAAUGGCUAAAAUAACCCCUGAUACCUCCUUGCAGCCAGAGAAGGAGGACGAGUGGUCUAUCCUAGACUGUGAGCUUACCUUCAUAGGCAAGAAGGAGAGAGAGGUUAUACUAAGGAGAGAAGAUAGGACUUCUGAACAGUACAAAAUGAAAUAAGUAGUAGGCUAAUUCAACUGUAAA